CCUGAAGAACGAAUCCCCAGCCCCAGCGACAACAGUCCGGCAGGAGUUCAUUACGCAGGCCACGUUUGAGGACGGUGGGGAGGUUAUGGGAGGGUAGGAAUCCCCGAAGGAUGAGCCGCGAGAUGGGUUCCUAUCUCCCUGCUCAGGCGUGGGUGGGGCAGCCAGGCACGCGCCGCGAUCGAGGAAGGCCCCCGGCGCAGGUCCCGGAUAUUUGUGUCCGCGCCGACGCCACCGUCCCAGCCGAUGGGUCGCGAUACACGUUCUCGCUCGCGGUCGGCUGGUCGCAGGGGCCGAAGGCAGCGGAGGCGGAGUGGGAGUCGGAGUCGGAGCCGAAGUUGUAGCGGGAGCCAUGGGCGGCGAAACCGACGUCGCCGGGACGACGAGAGGCGGCGCAGGCGGAGGAGCCGGGAGCGCAGGUUGGAUUCGGAUGAGAAGCAGUGGCAGCAGCGGCGAGGCAGGCAGAGCCGGAGCCCCCCGCCAGCCCACCGGCGCUCCCAGGACCGCUCCUCUCAGUCCGACUCGGGUGACGAGCGGCAGCGGCAGCGGGGCCGAUGGGCCCGCCAGUGGCAGCAGCGGCCACACUGCUGGUCCCCCAGCUCCUCCGCAUCCAGCUCCGCGUCCCCGGGCCACUCCCAGAGCCCUCGGGUGGCGGCGGCGGUCCUGAGCCAGCGGCAGAGCCUGCAGGAGCGGCUGCGCCUGCGCGAGGAGCGGAAGCAGCAGGAGGAGUUGAUGAAGGCCUUCGAGACGCCCGAGGAGAAGCGGGCGCGGCGGCUGGCCAAGAAGGAGGCCAAGGAGAGGAAGCAGCGCGAGAAGAUGGGCUGGGGCGAGGAGUACAUGGGCUACACCAACACCGACAACCCCUUCGGGGACAACAACCUGCUGGGCACCUUCAUCUGGAACAAGGCCCUGGAGAAGAAGGGGAUCAGCCACCUGGAGGAGAAGGAGCUGAAGGAGCGGAACAAGAGGAUCCAGGAGGACAAUCGGCUGGAGCUGCAGAAGGUAAAGCAGCUGCGGCUGGAGCGCGAGCGGGAGAAGGCCAUGCGGGAGCAGGAGCUGGAGCUGCUGCAGCGCGAGAAGGAGGCGGAGCACUUCAAGACGUGGGAGGAGCAGGAGGACCACUUCCACCUGCAGCAGGCGAAGCUGCGCUCCAAGAUCCGCAUCCGGGACGGGCGGGCCAAGCCCAUCGACCUCCUGGCCAAGUACAUCAGCGCUGAGGACGACGACCUGGCUGUGGAGAUGCACGAGCCCUACACCUUCCUCAACGGCCUCACGGUGGCCGACAUGGAAGACCUGCUGGAGGACAUCCAGGUGUACAUGGAGCUCGAGCAGGGCAAGAACGCGGACUUCUGGCGGGACAUGACCAUCAUCACGGAGGAUGAGAUCGCCAAGCUUCGCAAGCUGGAGGCCUCGGGCAAGGGGCCAGGUGAGCGGCGAGAGGGGGUCAACGCCUCGGUCAGUUCCGACGUGCAGUCGGUCUUCAAGGGGAAGACGUACAGCCAGCUGCAGGUCAUCUUCCAGGGCAUCGAGGGCAAGAUACGGGCCGGGGGCCCCAACCUAGACAUGGGCUACUGGGAGAGCCUGCUGCAGCAGCUGCGUGCCCACAUGGCCCGUGCCAGGCUCCGCGAGCGGCACCAGGAUGUGCUGCGGCAGAAGCUGUACAAGCUGAAGCAGGAGCAGGGGGUGGAGAGCGAGCCCCUGUUCCCCAUCCUCAAGCAGGAGCCGCAGUCUCCGGGCCACAGCCUGGAGACUGAGGACCCGGCCCCCACCCCGCCCGGGCCCUCGGAGGGUGGCGCUACUGAGCCCGAGGCGGAAGCCGCCGCACCGGCGGAGGGCGAGGCGGACGGGGAGGCGGUGCUCAUGGAGGAGGAUCUGAUCCAACAGAGCCUGGACGACUACGACGCCGGCAAGUACAGCCCGCGGCUGCUCACGGCCCACGAGCUGCCGCUGGACGCCCACGUGCUGGAGCCGGACGAGGACCUGCAGCGCCUGCAGCUGUCCAGGCAGCAGCUCCAGGUCACAGGCGACGCCACCGAGAGCGCGGAGGACAUCUUCUUCCGACGCGCUAAGGAGGGCAUGGGCCAGGACGAGGCGCAGUUCAGCGUGGAGAUGCCGCUGACGGGCAAGGCCUACCUGUGGGCGGACAAGUACCGGCCGCGCAAGCCGCGCUUCUUCAACCGCGUGCACACGGGCUUCGAGUGGAACAAGUACAACCAGACGCACUACGACUUCGACAACCCGCCGCCCAAGAUCGUGCAGGGCUACAAGUUCAACAUCUUCUACCCCGACCUCAUCGACAAGCGCUCCACGCCCGAGUACUUCCUGGAGGCCUGCGCCGACAACAAGGAUUUCGCCACGCUCCGCUUCCACGCCGGGCCGCCCUACGAGGACAUCGCCUUCAAGAUCGUCAACCGCGAGUGGGAGUACUCGCACCGCCACGGCUUCCGCUGCCAGUUCGCCAACGGCAUCUUCCAGCUCUGGUUCCACUUCAAGCGCUACCGCUACCGCCGGUGACCGGCGGGCCCCCUCCCGGACCCCUGCGAACUGACCAGGGGUGUGGGAAGCCAGCAGCCUCCCCUGGCUGGGCCUCCUCCUUGCGGGGCCUCACCUCCUGGUGUGAACAGGAGUCGCUGCGGAGCCUGCCUCAGAGAGCUGAGGAGACCCACC